AGAACGUUUGCGGGUUCAAAACGGUUUCAAAACAAACGCCUUCCUUCUUUUUAAUCAAAUGGUGAAAUGGUGCACAGCUACCAAUGGAAGCAGACACUUGGUGGACGAGAUCCUCCACAGUAUCCUCUUUCUGGGAAAAAUUACUAUUCCCAGCUUCUCUCCAGAAGAGAUUUUUGGCGAUGUGUUAGAUGGUCUAAAGAACACGUACCCCGAACCUUUUGAAUCCUGUGAGACUCAUCUUCCCAGGCGGAGUCCAUUUUCCUGCGUUCUGGAUAUGGUUGUUCUGCAGAAUCAACCUAAUAAUGAAGAUGCGAUCAGGAGCAGUUUAAAAAAUCUUGUCAACAGCUUGGAAGCAAAAGUUUUGACCUCCAACAGCUUGGAAGCAAAAGUUUUGACCUCCACGGUCGUCUGCGUCUCUCAUUCCAAUACUUCUGGCAAGCAUUAUGGAGUCUCUAUGUCCACCACUGUUCCAUUCGCUCGAAAAAUUGUGAUCGCUGCCUCCUGCUUAAGCUCUUACUGGGAUGAAUAUGUGGCUGGAGCAGUGAUGAGCUAUGAUCCUGACCGGAUGACGAGGAGGGAGUACUUUGAUGGAACCAUCAACUUUCCUCAGGAAGCCACAUGCAAGGCAUACUUAGUUACAGAUGUAACAGAGUAUAAGCCACCUUGCAAGUCUUGUCAGGAGCUCUUUGGCUUGCCAGACGAAGAAACAGAAGAACCAAGGUUUCCUUAUGGGAACUGUGCAGAAGCUGAGAGUCUAAGCAAUUUAUUUAAAAGUGACGAAACAAUUAAACAGCAAUGUCAGCCAAUCUCUCCACUUCAUACACCAGAAAACAGAGAGACAGCCAGAGCUGAUACCCAGAUGUUUCUUAAAGAUGUUCUAGAAAGAGCUCGCUUUAACACAUGGGAGAAUCAUUACUACCCAGCCUAAAUACAACAGCCUUGCAAAAAGGGCCGAGGUUGUACAAUAACACUGUCGCUUAGCCAUUAGCUAGCUUCCUGUAUCAAAUUUUUCAUUAACAGAGGUGUCAAAUGUAUUCACAUUUAUCACUCAAGUAGAAGUAUAGAUACUAGAAUUUAAAAAUACUUCUGUAGAAGUAGAACAUCCCGUCCAAGUCCACAGGUGCCUAUUAUGCACUGCCCUCCUCCUCUCAAGAAAAACAUAUUUUUAAAGUCCAUUAUUACUAUGACCAUAAAGUAUGAUGUUAAUAUUGAAAAAAAUUGGGACUGGGUGUUUCACCCACAUAUAUAUGUCCAUUGAAAAGCAUUUAAUGUAAUGCAAAUAUAUAAAAAGUCUAAAUAGGUGCAACACUAUGCAUCUACACGGGCUUCAUGGUGCAGAUAAUCUGUUGUCUGGUUGCCUACAAGUAUUGGUGUAAAAAGUCUUCAGAGACGUAUUACCAAUAACCUUUUACUUGUUAUUAUUGGAAAGUCAAUGAACACCCAAGUGCAGCUAUAGGAAUUGAUGAGGGCAACAAAUGUAAGAUAACAAAACUGGAAGUGAAAAUGAGUGCAUUGCCCUCUAUAACAAUUACCCUUGUAUGGCUGUCUGUAUACUGUAGAUAGUGUUUGCAAAAUAAAUGAUUAAUCGAAGCGCUUAGUUAAAAAAUGGAAAAGGAAACUAACUAAUAAUCCUAAAAAUGCUCUGUUCUUCUAAGUUUUGUUCUUCUUAAGUAUUUGUUGGGCGUUUGGCAAACAACUUGGUGCAUUACCGUCUCCAACCACAAUCAAAACCACUGUUCAGGUAGCACUAUUUAUCUGAAUAUUAUUUUUGUAUUUUUUGACAAGCCGGAAGGAAAACAAGCUAAAAUAAAAUAGAAGUUACGAGAUUAUUUUCAAAAAUGUAAGGAGUGUAAAGUUCACACGAUUGCAUGAAAAUGUAAGGAGUAGAAGUAAAAAGUUGGUUAAAAAUAAUAAAAAAUAGGCCAAAUUUCUACUUAAGGUAACAAAACAUUUUUAAGUAGUGAUUUGACACCUCUGUUUAUUGACCAAAUAUUGUAUUGCUCUUUCACCAUCAGCAUUAUUAAUCAUGCCUAACUUUGUAUGUAAUCUUAACUUUACUGAUGUUAAACAAAAUCCUGCAUUUAUCCAGUUUUUAGUUGUCAGUAUGAUAACAGACUCACCGCUAGAUGGCAGAAGAACCAAGUAUAAUGAAUCUGUUGAGUUUCUCUAGGUCUUGUUUCACACUCCUACCUUCUCUCUGUGUAGUCUAUAUACUUCUAGGGAGGCCUGCAGACACAAAUUAAUUAAUUAAUUAAUUAAUGUAAAAUGACAUAAUUGCUGUACUACUUAUCCAGAUCUGCACUUAUUGCUUUUACUUUGCUGGUAUUGUAUCUUGUAUUGUGUUUCUCUAAUACUUCACAUCCUUGUAAAGAAUCAUUUUACUAUU